CUCUUUUUUUUUUUUUAUCAGUUGGCCUUAUCAAUGGAGGAAGCCAUAGUUCUCUACCCAUCACCGCCAGUUGGGCACCUGAUAGCCAUGGUGGAGUUAGGCAACCUCCUAUGCACUCAUCAACCUUCACUCUCUAUCCACAUCCUCAUCGCUACCCCACCUUACCAAGCUGAAUCCACUGCUCCAUUUAUUGCCGCCGUCUCCUCCACCGUUCCUUCCAUCAUUUUUCAUAAGCUACCUAAAGUCACCCUCCCUCCAUCCACCGUCACCCACCAUGAGUCCCUUACUUUUGAGGUCCUCCGCCUUAACAACCCCAACGUCCUUCAAGCUCUCCUUUCCAUCUCCAAGGAGUACAAAAUCCAUGCCUUCGUCAUGGAUUUUUUCUGCACUGCUUCUUUCAGAGUGGCGACUGAUCUCAGUAUCCCUCCUUACUUCUUCAUCACCUCUGGUGUUGCUAUUCUUGCUGCUUUCCUUUAUCUACCAACCCUUCACAAGAACACCACCAAAAGCUUCAAAGAACUCAACGUUCUGCUUGAUAUCCCGGGCGUGCCACCAAUGCUAUCUGCAGAUAUGCCAAAGCCAAUACUCGAUCGCAACGAUAAGGUCUAUGAUAUCUUCUUAGAUUACUCCUUUUACUUGCCCAAGUCAGCUGGGAUUAUGGUCAACACUUUUGAAUCCCUCGAGCCAAGAGUCAUCAAAAUAAUUGGCGAUGGACUCUGUGUGCCAGAUGGCCCCACACCUCCCAUAUACUGCAUCGGACCGUUGAUUGCUGACGUUGAUCGGAGAAGUGGAGUUAGAGGUGGUGACGGUGUCCCUGACUGCUUAACGUGGCUAGACAAGCAACCUAGUAAUAGUGUAGUGUUUCUCUGUUUUGGUAGCCUGGGACGGUUUUCAGCAGAACAGUUAAAGGAAAUAGCUAUGGGGUUAGAGAGAAGUAAGCAAAGGUUCUUGUGGGUGGUGAGGAGCCCUCCUUCAGAGAACCUAAGCGUGGCUAUCAAGGAACAUGGCGAGCCAGAUUUGAACACCUUACUUCCUGAGGGAUUCUUGGAGAGAACUAAGGAGAGGGGACACGUGGUCAAGUCAUGGGCGCCACAGGUGGCGGUGUUGAAUCAUGAUUCGGUAGGUGGGUUCGUGACGCACUGCGGCUGGAACUCGGUACUGGAAUCCAUUUGCGCAGGCGUUCCGAUGUUGGCGUGGCCCCUCUACGCAGAGCAAAGGUUCAAUCGAGUGUUGCUAGUGGAGGAAAUGGAGAUAGCCUUGCCAAUAGUGGAGUCAGAAACGGGGUUCGUGAAUUCAAAUGAAGUGGAGGAGCGAGUUAGAGAAUUGAUGGAGUCGGAACCAGGUAACGUGGUUAGGAAGCGAACCAUAGCUAUGAAACACGCAGCCGAGGCUGCGUUGAGUGGGGGAGGUUCCUCUCGUGUGGCCCUAGCUAAACUCUUUGAGGCGUGGAAGAAGGAAUGACUGAAGUCUGGUGCGGUUCCAAUGAAAUGGUAUCCAAAAAUCGAAAAGCGAUGUAGAAACUUCAUCUUGGAGAUCAAUCGAUAUAUUAUUAGAGAUCUAUGUGUAUUUUCUUUUUGUUGACUCAAUUGUAAAAAUUGAAAGGAUUUGGGCCUUAGAGGGAGAAAGGAUAGCAGCGAGCUUGCUUCUUGAUUAGACUUGAAUCCGCAGCCCCAAGUCAAGGUUCCUGGGAAUAAUCUUGAUUACUCAUCAUUAUCCCGUCAUUCCCUAUGGGUGUGUGGACAUGAAGCAAAAUUCGCUCACACUUGCAUGCAACAGUCACAACUUAACACUUCUCUCCAUUCCAAUAAAGUAGUCAGACUUUUAAAUUUGUCCCAUUCAAAAUGUCACUUUAAAAAGACAA